CCAGGAAGGACGCUGAGGAAGUGAAUUAUUAUUUUUUUGUUGUUAAAUAAACCGUUUCAUUUCCUUAUAAUGACACGAAUAAAGCUGUGAUUAGACUGACAUUAAGAAAAACAUCAUUUUGAAUUUAGUUUGAAUUGGAGGUCAGCCUUUUUAUGAUACGCCUGUGCAGUAAAUGAAUCGUGGAAUGAUGAAGAACCUGUAGGACAACUAUAAAAUGCUGUUUCGCUUUCACGCCUGCACCUACACCCGGGUAAACAAUUUUUAGGAUCCCUGAAGGAAGUGUUUAUCUUUUUCAAAUUGAUGUCAUCGUCCACAUACAGAAUAAUGAAAUAAAAGAAAAGAAAACACACCUAUAGUAGAAACCCAAUACACAACAUAGAUCACCGAUUAAACAGACAUUUUGAGGUAUUGCAUAUUCUCUCUCCCUCUCUCUCUCUCUCUCUCUCAGAGAUGGAGACUUUAAUCCCCAUCAUUAACCGGCUGCAGGAGGUCUUUCUCACCGUCGGAGCCGAGGUCAUUCAGCUCCCUCAGAUCGUCGUAGUUGGCUCACAGAGCAGUGGGAAGAGUUCUGUGCUGGAAAGUCUGGUCGGACGAGAUUUUUUACCCCGUGGUUCAGGAAUAGUCACGCGGCGCCCUCUAGUGUUGCAGCUUGUCAACGUCCCGGCACUGGAGGAGCGCCGGAAACAGGAGAAUGGAAUCAAAGCUGAGGAGUGGGGAACCUUCCUUCACUGCAAACACCAGGUUUUUACGGAUUUCACCGAAAUUCGAAAUGAAAUCGAGGAGGAGACUGACCGCAUCGCUAACAACAAGGGUAUCAGCGCAGAACCCAUCCACCUGAAGAUUUACUCCCCUAACGUUCUAAACCUCACCUUGGUCGACUUGCCUGGAAUCACCAAGGUGCCAGUUGGUGACCAGCCAGAAGAUAUUGAGACUCAGGUUCAGGAGAUGAUCCUGUCCUUCAUCUCCAACCCUAACUCCCUGAUUCUGUGUGUAUCUCCGGCUAACUCAGACCUGGCCACUUCAGACGCACUAAAACUGGCCCGUGAGGUCGACCCUGAUGGUCGGAGAACUCUGCUCGUCGUGAGUAAACUCGAUCUGAUGGAUGCUGGGACGGACGCACUGGAGGUUCUGCUUGGACGCAUCAUUCCUGUCAGGCUCGGCAUCAUUGGCGUGGUCAACAGGAGCCAGCAUGACUUGAACACUCAGAAAAGUGUAGCAGAUGCGUGCCGUGACGAGCAGGCGUUCCUGCAGCGCUACUAUCCGUCUUUAGCGUCACGCUGUGGCUCACGCCACCUGGCACGCACGCUGAGCCGUCUGCUCAUGCACCACAUCCGCGAGUGUCUGCCCGAGUUAAAGGCACGCGUGACGACGCUGAGUGCCCAGUUCCAGGCGCGUCUGAGCAGCUACGGGCAGCCAGUGGAAGACUACAGCGCCACCCUGCUGCAGAUCGUCACCAAGUUUGCUUCGGACUACUGCAACACCAUCGAGGGCACGGCCCGACACAUCCAGACCUCUGAGCUAUGCGGCGGCGCUCGGAUCUGUUAUAUAUUCCACGAGACGUUUGGCCGAACCCUGCAGUCCAUCGACCCGCUGGGAGGACUCACCGAGCUGGACGUCCUCACGGCCAUCCGAAACGCCACGGGUCCACGGCCAGCGCUGUUUGUUUCUGAGGUGAGCUUUGAGCUGCUGGUGAAGAAGCAGAUUAAGAGACUGGAGGAGCCGAGCCUGCGCUGCGUGGAGCUCGUCCACGAGGAGCUGCAGAGGAUCAUCCAGCACUGCUCGUCCCACAGUACACAGGAACUGUUGCGCUUUCCCAAACUGCAUGAGUCAAUAGUAGAGGUGGUGACCAGUUUACUCAGGAAACGUCUUCCAAUCACCAAUGAAAUGGUCCAUAAUCUAGUGGCAAUAGAACUUGCGUACAUCAACACUAAGCACCCAGACUUCACAGAUGCUGCACAAGUGUCUGCUUCUGUCAACAGCCAACAGACUGAGUCACUAGAUGGAGGAAAGCGCUGGAAGAACGAUAAGAUGUUGUCGGAGGAAAAAGGCUCAGUGCCUGGAUUUGGAAGCCCUACCAAAGCAGUCAACCUAUUGGACACGGCCCUGCCGAUCUCUCGAAAGCUGAGUGCACGUGAGCAGCGGGACUGCGAGGUCAUCCAGCGCCUCAUCAAGUGCUACUUCCUCAUUGUGCGCAAGAACAUCCAGGACAGUGUGCCCAAAGCAGUGAUGCACUUCCUGGUGAACUUUGUGAAGGAGCGUCUGCAGAGCGAGCUUGUGGGUCAGCUGUACAAGCAGCCUCUGCUGCAGGAGCUGCUCAUUGAGUCUCAGGAAACGGCACAGCAGCGCACUGAGGUCGCCCACAUGCUGGAGGCGCUCCAGAAAGCCAACAACAUUAUCUCCGAGAUCCGAGAGACCCACCUGUGGUAGCCAGAUCUUCACGGCAGCGACACGUCGACGAGUGUGUGUGUUUACGUGUUCGUAUGUGCGUACGUCCAAUAGGUGUUUAAAUGCCUCCCAGAGCAAGCACAUCAAACGUACAGUCGGGUCCAUAAGUAUUUGGACAGCGACCCGAUUUUCGUCAUCUUUGCGUCCGUACACCACCGCAGUGGAUUUGAAAUCAAGAUGUGAUUGAAGUGUAGAGUUUCAGAUUGAAUUCGAGGGGUUUAACAACAACAACAACAACAACAACAAAAAAAUGUUAGGAAUUCCAGAUAUUUACAGCCAGGAAUUACAGUCCCUCUAUUUUCACAGGCUCAAAAGUAUUUGGACAAACCGACAUGCAGAACUAUUCGGAUUAUUUUUUACACUUGGAUGCAAAUCGUUUGCAGUCAAUGACCGCCUAAAGUCUGGAACCCAUGGACAUGGUGGUGUACCGAGGCAAAAUAACGAAAAUCGUGUCACUUUCCAAAUACUUAUGGACCUCACUGUAUUUGUAACCACUCAAUCUUUCAGGUACUUUCUGUUAUUGCUGUGCAAACACAGCUGUCUUUUAAAUAUGUAUUUGAGCAUGUGUGUGUGUAUGUGUGUGUAUGUGUGUGUAUGUGUGUGUAUGUGUCUGUAUGUGUGUGUGUGUGUGUGUGUGUGUGUGUGUGUGUGUGUGUGAAAGAAAGAGAGAGAGUCAGAGAACCGUAGGUCAGUAUGACAAGCCUGCUUAUUUUCCCCUGAAUUAAGAGACACUCUGAAAAUGCACUGAGCUUUAAGAGAAGCCCUUGAGCCGUAGAUGCUUUCUGACGAUCUCGAAAGAAAAUGACUCAAACUUGAAUUGUUUAUCUGCUAGAAUUUCUCAGAAAACACCAGACAGCUACAACCGCACUCAGAAGGUUUGUAGCGGACCGACCCAUAAUGACGAACACGGAUUAAGUCCGUUGUUUUUGUUUUGCUUUCGUGAGUACCGGAGCAUUUUUCAAUCUAAUAUUGGAUUUACCGCACCCGGAGCGUAAGUGUGAUUACCACAGAAUUCUGAGACGUUUUCCUGCACUGAGAAAAUAAUGGAAAAACGAAUGGCUGGAAAUAAACGUUGACUUGACUUGAGUUCAACAGGUUUAAGCGAACACGAUUUCUGUUCGUUUCUAAGCAUCGUCAUCAUUUCUAAGAAUCAUCUGCGGUAAUCACACACGCUACAGAGGCGAUAUGUAGAGAUUGAGGUUGAAACACUGGAGUAUUUCUUUUAAUCUAAGUUGUCGGUUUAAAUCUGUAGUUAAUAUUUUUCAGUUACGGUCUUGUAGCGCGUCAAAAGUAAGGAAUAAAACACACCAGGAUGUGCUGUUAAAUGCCUGAAAUGUGUUUUAUUCCUCUCAUACCACAGCAGUUUGCUAAUGAUUACAGUUUUUAAUUUAUUAUUGAACACCGCUUCAUACUUUUUAUCCGUUUAUAGUUACCGCUAAUGUCAUGGAACGUGCACGAAACAGGUUAGUGCCUGUUAUCACUUACAGUCCCCUCUGAAAGUAUUGGAACAGA